AUGCACUUCCUGAUGCAGCGGUUCCAGUUGGCAGCGUUUUCGUACAUGUACCGCGAGGAGGCCGACGGUGUGCUGGAGUGCAUGGAGACGGCGGUGGUGGCGGAGGCGCGACGGUACGGAGGUAUGAAGACGGAGGAGAGGAUCACCAGCACGCGUGGACGACUGAAGCGACCACUGUCGGCCGCCGGCCACGUUGUCGAAGACAAUCAGCCAACGGCGCCUUUCACAAGUGGCAAUUAA